CCCUACUUUUAUUUUCACUCUCUUAUCUCACUCUUCAACAGUUAGUUCCAGAAUCCCGACCAAAUACAUCACCAAAUUAAAGUAUUCCAAAAUAUUUCCUUCAAUUUCUCUUUAUCUUUCCCUUUCCCCGAAAAUUUCCCCUCCAAAUUCAUCACUUCUUCUUCUUCUCCCAAUGUUGUCUUGUCCUUUGCUUGUUAUCUUCACUGUCUUCUUCAGUCUCCCAUUCAUCUUCUUCUUUGCUCCACAAAUCCUCCCUCCGGCUGACUUCACGUUCACUGUCUCCGACGACGUCGACGACCUCGCUCUCUUCACCAGAGCAUCACGCGCCGCCCAUUCCGUUUCCACCACCAACCGCUUAGGCGCCACAAAUCCUAAACCCAAAAUCGCUUUCCUCUUCCUCACGAACUCCAAUCUCUCCUUCGCCCCGCUCUGGGAAAAAUUCUUCCAUGGAAAUCGUAAUCUCUUCAACAUCUACAUCCACUCAGACCCAUCCGUUUACAUCACCCCUCCCGGUGGCGUUUUGCGCGACCGAUUCAUCCCGUCGAAGAAAACUUUCCGCGCGUCACCGUCCCUGAUCGCUGCCGCGCGCCGCCUACUCGCCAACGCCCUGAUCGACGACCCGAUGAACCAGUACUUUGCUCUUGUGUCCCAGCAUUGCAUCCCACUCCACUCCUUCCGUUACAUGUACCGUUCCCUCUUCGGCAACGAACUAACGAUUCUCACGAGUUUUACGUUUUCUCAGUCUAACUACAAGAGCUAUAUCGAGAUACUUGCCGACGAGCCCAAUCUGUACGACCGAUAUGUGGCGCGUGGGGAGCACGCGAUGUUACCGGAAGUGACGUUUGAUGAGUUCCGGGUCGGGUCACAGUUCUUCGUGCUGACCCGGCGGCAUGCGGCAGCUGUCGUGAGGGAUAGGAGGUUGUGGAAGAAGUUCAGGCUGCCGUGUGUGACCGAGGAGCCGUGCUACCCGGAGGAGCACUACUUUCCGACCCUUUUGUCCAUGGAGGAUCCGAAUGGGUGUACCGGAUUCACCCUCACGAGGGUGAACUGGACGGGAUGCUGGGACGGCCACCCGCGCUUGUACACGUCAUCGGAGGUCUCGCCGGAGCUGGUUUUCCAGUUAAGGCAGUCAAAUUACUCAGGGUAUGACUACAUGUUUGCGAGGAAGUUCUCGCCGGAGAGUCGUGAGCUGUUGAUGGAAAUCGCCGAUGACGUCAUUUUCCGAGAUUGAAGUAUUUAUCCUCUUUCAGGAUCAGGACAACUUGGGCAUCUUUGUUGAUAAUGGCAAAGAAGGCAUGUUGAUGCACGGUGCCGCUGCCACUGGUAAAGCUUCAUUUAGCAAUAUGUGAAUAGAAAAUAUAAAUUUUUGUUUUUGUUUCUUUAAAUUACAGAAUCAGUUGUGAGUGAAAUGCCUGGUAAGUGAGAGAAGUGUCAUCUGAAAAUGUUGUCCUUCGAAAAUAGCAUUUCUAGAGAGGUAUGCAAGGUUGUUGUGGGAGGAGGUUAAGAGAAAAUGGAUAUCGUGCAAUGAUGCACGAAUUCAAAAGGAAUUUGUGUGGAAAGAAGCGGAAAAGCUAAUGUCCUUUUUGGAUGUCUGCGAUCAAAUUGGAAUGAUACAGAGAAGAUUAGCAUGGCC